UGCAGAGUACACAGUGAUCAACGAGAACUGCCCGGGUGCUGAGUGGAACAUCAUGUGUCGGGAGUGCUGUGAGUACGACCAGAUAGAGUGCACCUGCCCGGGAGGGAAGGAGAGAGUGGGCUACACCAUCCCCUGCUGCAGGAACGAGGACAACGAGUGCGACUCCUGCCUCAUCCACCCAGGCUGCACCAUUUUUGAGAACUGCAAGUCCUGCCGCAACGGCUCCUGGGGAGGGACCCUUGAUGACUUCUACAUCAAGGGGAUGUACUGUGCAGCGUGCAGAGCUGGCUGGUACGGAGGGGACUGCAUGAGUAAGUGUCCUACAGGGAGAGGGGGUGGUGGCAACCAGCCAGCCAGCAGAUCUGCAGCGGGGAAAACUCCCCCAGUGCUCAUCUGCCAAGGGUUGGCUCGGGCCUUGCGUCACAAGAGAUUACAACCCGACUAA